UGGGUGCUUGACAUCACACAUUUUUCAGGGGACAGCCCCCCAGAACGGCUGAAUGAGUAGGCAGGGAGCAGGACAGAGCUGCCUGGAUGUGUGAAAGAGGGGUUCGAAGGAGGUUAAGAGCUGCUUAAAUGAGGUUAGGGAAGGUAACAGGUUCUGAUUUUUAGUAAAAUUACCAAACCAAAGUGACUUUUCAUCAUGAGGAACCUGUUUGGAUCUGCUGUCCUCCUGCAUCUGAUGGGGCUCUGUUUCACCCAGUUCCCUCGCCCCUGUGCUAACUCCGAGGGGCUGCGAACUAAAGAGUGCUGUCCAGUUUGGGAAGGAGACGGCUCACCCUGCGGAGCCCUGUCAGGCCGCGGGUUCUGCACUGAGGUGCUGGUAUCAGAAGAGCCCAACGGGCCGCAGUACCCACACGAUGGAAUUGAUGACAGAGAGCGAUGGCCUUUGGCUUUCUUCAACCGGACGUGUCGCUGUGCUGGAAACUAUGGAGGUUUUAACUGUGGAGAGUGCAGGUUUGGGUACUGGGGUGCAAACUGUGCUCAGUAUAGAGAAUCUGUGCGCAGGAACAUCAUGACCAUGUCAACUUCAGAGCAGCAAAAGUUCAUCUCUUACCUAAACCUGGCUAAAAACACCAUCAACCCUGACUAUGUCAUCUCCACAGCAACAAGAGCAGAGAUGGGGGAAAACGGUGAGAACCCCAUGUUCUCUGACAUCAACACCUACGACCUGUUUGUCUGGAUACACUACUAUGUCUCCAGAGACACCUUCUUGGGAGGCCCAGGGAAUGUUUGGAGAGACAUAGAUUUUGCCCAUGAGUCUGCAGCAUUCCUUCCCUGGCACAGAGUCUUCCUGCUACACUGGGAGAAUGAGAUAAGGAAAAUUACAGGAGAUUUUAACUUCACCAUCCCAUACUGGGACUGGAGGAAUGCCCAGUCUUGUGAAGUGUGCACCGAUGCUCUGAUGGGCGGACGCAGCUCCCUAAAUCCCAACCUCAUCAGCCCUGCUUCUGUCUUCUCCUCGUGGAAGGUGAUCUGCUCUCAGCCUGAGGAAUACAACAACCGAGAGGCUCUAUGCAACGCCACAGGAGAGGGUCCACUGUUGCGUAAUCCAGGCAACCACGACCAAAACCGCGUACCGAGACUCCCUACAUCAGCUGAUGUGGACUUCGCUGUGGGCCUUCCUGGGUAUGAGACGGGAAACAUGGACCGAUUCUCCAACAUGAGUUUUAGAAACGUCCUGGAGGGAUUUGCCAGCCCAGAGACAGGUCUAGCAGUACCAGGCCAGAGCACCAUGCACAACUCUCUGCACGUCUUCAUGAAUGGCUCCAUGUCCUCCGUCCAAGGUUCAGCCAAUGACCCUAUAUUCCUGCUGCACCAUGCCUUCAUUGACAGCAUCUUUGAACGCUGGCUCAGGAACCACCAGCCUCCGCGGAGCAGCUACCCACGAGCCAAUGCCCCUAUAGGCCAUAAUGAUGGCUACUAUAUGGUACCUUUUCUACCACUCUACAGAAACGGAGACUAUUUCCUGUCCAACAAGGCUUUAGGAUAUGAGUAUUCUUACCUGUUGGAUCCAGGUCAGAGGUUUGUGCAGGAGUUUCUUACCCCUUACUUGCAACAAGCUCAAGAUAUCUGGCAGUGGCUGCUGGGGGCCGGGAUCCUUGGAGCUUUGAUUGCUUCGAUUUCUGCCGUUGUACUUGUUGUUGCAAGAAGGAGGUGGAAGCGGAACCAGAGAAGAAAGAGAGCAUCAAACUAUGGAGAGAGGCAGCCACUGCUACAGAGCAGUUCAGAAGAAGGCUCAUCGUCAUAUCAAACCACUCUUUAACAAAAACAGAUACUAUCAAAUACUAGCUGAAUAUUGGUGUUCAAACUAUUCAGGAGACUUUCUAAUUUAAAAAAUCCAAACAGAUGUAACACAGAGGUAAUGCAGGUACAGAUGAGCCAGUAAAGCAUCAGUAAAAAACAAACACUUAUUUUUUCCCCAUCCUACUUGAUGUAUCUGUUCUGAAAACAUACUGGAAAUCCUUGUGUUAUUGUGUUAAAACCAUAUCUUCAUAUUUUUCUCAUUAAGUGAAACAGAACUAUUAUUUAUGACAUAUUUUUAUUAUAUACAAUACAGCACUUUCCAAUCUAAGGUAAGAAAUUCCAUUUACAUGAAAAAAGUAGGGUUUUAAAACUCUAAUCAUGCAAAGUCUUUAAAUAUUAAAUACCUCCACUGCUGCUAAAGUACAAUCUUAGGUGUGGUAAUGUUUGCACAAGCUGUUAAUGUCACAUCGAUUCCCUCCUUAUGUUGAAUCAUUAAGAUUAUGGAAUCUGUAAGGAAACUUGAACCCUCUCUGUGGCGUUCUUUUGAGCUAAUAAACUGAGGUCCAACCUUUUAUUCUGUAUAUAUUAUCAAAUCUGUAUUUUCUUUGUGCAAGCAUUUCAUAGAAACUCCAUAAUACAGAUGGCCUAAAAUGUUUCUGAUUCACAGUCAGUCUUUCAGCCAUUCAGGUCUGCACUCGUCUAUAACGGUGAAAAAUGAAUCAUAACCAAUAUUUUGUGGGUUCACAAUGGUGCUAUAAUAUAACUCUGUGAUACAAUGCCUUACGUUACAAAAAAAAUAAAUAAAUGUUGGAUUCAUAUCUAUAUCAAUCAUGAGUUUGUAUGAGUUUAUAUGAAUACUGAUUAUUCUGUGAUUAUAUGUUGGGAAUACAAGA